AUGAUUAGUGAUAAAGAAGCAGUUAUAAAGAGAAAAAGAAAUGAUGAUGAAUUGAUAACAGUUGAAGAUGCACUUAAAGAUUCAUUGGAUGAGAAUAAAGAACUCUAUGAAGAGGCAUUAGAUCAAUAUGAUCAGAAAUGGGGUGAAGAAGAUAAAUGUACAUUUGAAAAGGGAUAUAUAACACAACCUGUUUAUGCUUGUAAGAAUUGUCCAAAUACUUUUGGAUUUUGUUAUGGAUGUUCAAUGCAUUGUCAUAUAGAUCAUGAAAUCUAUGAAUUAUUUAAAAAGAGAUCAUUUAGAUGUGAUUGUGGAACCUCUGUUGCAGGUGAUAUAAAAUGUAUACUACAAGACAAGGUACAUCAAGACAAUAAUGAUAAAAACAUAUACAAUCAUAACUUUCAAGGCAAAUAUUGUUAUUGUGAUCAAUCAUAUGAUUACAAAGAGGAUAUGGUACAAUGUCUAUUCUGUUUUGAUUGGUUUCAUGAAACUUGUAUUGCUUUAAACUCUACAACCAAAGAAACCGUCUCAACUAUACCAGAAGCAGAUCAAAUGCAAGAUUUUGUUUGUUUACCUUGUCUCAAAAAAUUACCUUUUCUAUUGGAUUAUCCUCAAAUUAGAUUAAAAGACAAUAAUAAUAGUAGUAAUAGUACAACAAAUGACAUCAAUUCAUCAUCAUCAACAUCAACAUUACAAUGUAAAAGAGAUUUGGAAUCAAUUAAAAUUGUAAAUGAUUUAUUUUGUAAAUUUGGAUGGAGAGAUGAAUUAUGUAGAUGCCAACAAUGUCAAAAACUAUACGAAAAGGAAAAUAUAUUAUUCCUAUUUGAACCAAUUGAAUUGGAUAGUGAAGAUGAGGAUGAAGAUCAAGAUGAAAUAGAUAUUCAAGGAGAUGGUGAAAGAUUAGAGAAAAAAAGAAUUAAAAGACCAGAAAACCCAUUUUUAGAACAAAACUUGGAAAAGAGUAUAGAACAAUUCCAAAACAAAUUGACAGAUCAUCAACAAGAAAAACUAGUUCAAGGAUACCAACAAAUGAAAGAUAAAAUAUUUUCCUUUUUAAAAUCAAAAACUGAACAAUUACAACAACAACAACAACAACAACAACAAGAACAAAGUGAAAAUAAUAAUAAUAGUAAUAAUAAUGGAAAUAUAGUAAUUACCAAACAAGAUAUAAAAUCACUUUUUAAUGGUUUAUCAAAAUAA